AUGGAGACCUCGGACCGGACGGUGGAGUUCAUCUCCACCGUCACCACAAUGACGGUGAUUGCAUUUUGCGCUGUGUUCCUCCGGCUUUUUUCAAAAGCCAAGUACGGAAAGGAGGUGAUGCUGGACGACAACCUCAUGGUGGUCGCCUGGCUCCUCACGCUCGGAAGCCUGGCGCUGCUGCUAGCGUCGGUAGCCAACUUUGGCUACACCCUCCACCAACAGGUGGAGGACAAGUUUCCCAAGGGCGCCGCCGCCCUGAUCUCGGUGGCCCAGGCCCUGAGCUCUUGCUCAGGGGCUGCGGCCAAAACUUCCGCCGCCCUGCUGCUGUGGAGGAUCACCCCGGUGUUUUGGCAGAGGGCUCUGCUCAAGACCACCACCGCCAUCACCAUCUUGACAACCCUCAUCGUCGCGGUGGUGAUGUCGGUCAAGAUCAACGACAACAACAUGCAGCAAGAGUGUGUCAACAAGACUACAGCCUGGAACUUUGGAAUCUUCUAUGCUGGUAAGUUUACUCUGUCUGACGGCGACAAAGCCUGCAUCCUCGGGAUUAUGAAACUCUCGUACAUCAAUUGCGUCUCUGUCCUCGACCUCGAUCUCUCUUACACCUCGAUAGACCUCAUUACAUACCACUUCGUUGAACCGACCGUAAUCAUCACUGCGGCCUCCAUUCCUGCCCUCCGCUUCUUUCUUCAUAACCAAGUUACCGCCAUGCGCCGCUCGUGCCGCGCAAGCGAGCUACUCGAUAUGACCAACCCAAUCACGAAUCCUUCACGAGCCAGCCGAAGAAGCUUCCUCCCCCGGCCCCCAGCUCAAGCACAUCAACAUCAUCACCCCCUUGCUGAUUCCGAGUCCAUGAUCUCUUUGUCCGCAAUUUUGAGAGGUUUACCCCCCUCCGCGGAAGACCCACCACCUAUGCCACCGAUUCGGUCUAUGCCCGUUGCCCGAGUAGGCGUUGCUGGCGCGAGUUCCAGCGAAGGAAGAAAUAUGACGACUGUUACCACCAUCACCGGAGGACAUAACAACAUUAGAUCAGCUAGUUCGAAUGAACAGCAGCCCAAGGAAGGAGGGAUUCUCAGGACGGUGAGAGUUGUUGUUAGCAGCGAAGGAGAGGACUCUACGUUGACCUCGGAGCCGACGGCCAGCAUCAGAGAGAGUUACAGAGAGGCCAGAGAGCCUAGAGAGCGUUCGUGGAAUACUUGGCCCAGUGGGCGCAGAGAAAGCGAUUUGGAGAUGGGGGAUGUGAUUAGGGAGAACGAGCGGAAGGGUGGGAAGAAGAACGAGUAG